AUGGUAAGAGUCAUUAAAACUGAGCAAAACACAAAAAGUUCAAAUAUAAAUGAAAAUGACAAAUAUCCAGUGUAUCAAACGCAAGUAGAAAAUACUCAGAUAGAUAUUGAUUCUUCAGAAAAACUACAAUCUCCUAUAUGGGAUAAGUAUAAUCUGCAUGAAUUUGGGGAUGAUCACGAUGAGGAGAAAAAUAAUGAUGAGAUUCUGGAAGAUAAAUCAAAAAAGAAACACAUGUCGGCGAAAGAAAGAAGGUUGUUAAAGAAAAAUGUCCAGUCUGGUAAUGGGAGCAACGAUAUUUUGCCCGGACCUUUUGUUGCUAGCUCUUCGGGAACGUCGGUUGUCAUUUCUCAAGAACAAAAAUCUUCCAAUAAAAAGCAAGUAAAGUCAACAUCGACACCUCGAGGUAAAAAGGGAAAAAUGAAAAAGUUAAAAGACAAAUAUGCGGAUCAAGAUGAAGAAGAAAGAUCGUUGCGUAUGGAGUUGUUAGGUUCAAGUAAAGCACCGCAACAGAAAGGUAAAAAAGGCAAGAAGGAAAGUUCGAGUCUAGUUGCACCUAAACAAUCUAAUGAUAGUGGUAAAGACGAAACUAAAAAAAAAGAGAUAAUUCGCGACAAUGCGAAUGAUGAUUCUACACAUAAUCAGGAAGGGCUUGAAAACAACAAUUUAGUCGAUGAUAUCGAAAACGAAGAAGAUGCUGAGGAAGUUCGUCAGCUUUUAAGGGAAGAAAAUAUUAUUGUUUUAGAGGCUGAAGAAUUGGAGAAUUUGACCGUUCUCGAUUUUCUAACAGGGACACCGCUGCCUGAUGAUAUUCUUCUUUUUGCUGUUCCAGUGUGUGCACCUUACAUAUCAUUACAAAAAUAUAAGUAUAAAGUUAAACUAACUCCAGGUGCAAUGAAGAAAGGAAAAGCUUGCAAGAUGGCCACCAACUUCUUUCUACACGACCCUACAAUAACACCGCGCGAAAAAGAAUUAAUAAAGAGUGUUCCUGAUACAGAAAUGAUUUCAGUAAUGAUUGGAAAGUGCAAAGUGUCCGCCCCAAAUAUUGAACUGUCUAAAAAAGUGGCAAGAAAACAAAAGACAUUUGCUAAAAGACAAGAAUAG